AUGAGGGUUAGUUCAGCAAUAGACCAAGAAAUGCUACUACGUGAAUUGGGAAUUGAUAGGAGAGGUCGGCACAGGAGAAGUGCAAGGAAGAAUGAUAACGAGCUUCAGAUUUUUAGCUUUGAAAGUGUAGCAUUGGCAACAGAUUACUUCUCAGAUGCAAACAAGCUCGGUGAAGGAGGUUUUGGUCCUGUAUAUAAGGGGAGGUUAAUACAUUGGGAAGAAGUGGCUAUCAAGAGACUAUCUAUUGCGUCAGGGCAAGGAUUAGUGGAGUUCAAGAACGAAGCUAUGCUUAUUGCAAAACUUCAACACACAAAUCUUGUGAAGUUGAUAGGUUGCUGCGUUGAGAAGGAUGAGAAAAUGUUGAUAUAUGAAUACAUGCCCAACAAGAGCCUUGACUACUUCCUAUUUGACCCUUUGAGGAAAAAUGUUCUAGAUUGGACCCUGCGGUUCAGGAUCAUGGAAGGGAUAAUUCAAGGGCUGUUGUACCUUCACAAAUACUCUAGACUGAAAGUGAUACACAGAGACAUCAAAGCCAGCAACAUUUUAUUGGACGAGGAUAUGAAUCCCAAAAUAUCUGAUUUUGGUAUGGCUAGGAUAUUUGGAGCACAAGAAUCCAGAGCCAACACCAGAAGAGUUGCUGGCACAUUUGGCUAUAUGUCUCCAGAGUACUUCAGAGAAGGACUAUUCUCGGCUAAGUCAGAUGUGUUCAGCUUUGGGGUUCUGAUGCUCGAAAUCAUUUGUGGAAGGAAGAACAAUAGCUUCCACCAUGACUCAGAAGGGCCUCUGAAUCUCAUAGUUCAUGCGUGGAACCUGUUUAAAGAGAACAAAAUUAGCGAGGUGAUAGAUCAGUCUUUGGGAGAUUCUGCACUUGACAACCCUCAAGUGUUGAGAUGCGUUCAAGUUGCUCUCUUGUGUGUACAAGAAAACGCAGAGGAUAGACCAAGUAUGUUAGAUGUUGUGUCCAUGAUAUACGGCAGUAAUGCUCUUUCUUUACCUAAAGAACCAGCUUUCUAUGAUGGUCCCCGGAGAAGCUCUCCGGAGAUGGAGAUUGAGCUACAAGAGCCAGGAAAUGGAUCGGAUAAUAAAGUUACCAUCACUGUGAUGGAAGCAAGGUGA